UUAUCCAUUCGUUCAACAUAAUUAUAGAGACGCUCCCGAUCACAUAAAGACAUUUGAAACGUGAGCAAUUAUUCUUCAUUAUUUCGUGCUCGACUUCACGGUUCCGACGCGUUCUCCUCGACUUUCAUUUGACCUUUAUUUUUCCAGCAUCACCGGAUGUUUUUUUUUUUUUUCCCCAGUUUUGUUCACGCGUGCUUUCUUAACACAUCUUCAUUCCCAGCUGUAGAACAAAUCGCCAUCAGCUGGGUUUGCAUCAAGUAGCACCUUGGUGACCAAAGUAGUGGAAUUUUUGUAAGCAUCUUCAAGGUGCGUUGUGCAAAGUGUCGACUAUUGUAACCUUUAAAAGCUGCCCGAUCUCUCUUUUGUCGCGGCGAGGCACGCGACAAACGAGCAUCGAACCCCCGGCAAACAAAGAGCUUUUUUUUCUCAACGUCAACAUUUUUCCUCCAUAUUCCAUAGUGAUGAGUCAUGUGUCCGUCGAGAAUGUCCACGGUCUAGAACAACAGCUCGCUGUCCUAGACUUGAAUGUGGGAGACGGACAAGGUGGUGGCACCAACCGAAGAUACAUUCCUCCACAUUUACGGAACAAAGAUGGUCCUAAAAAUGGAGGAAAUGUGUUCGCUGCCAGGGCCGGCUACACCAUCGCACCCGCCGCCGCCUUCGGUUGGGACGGGGGCCGCGGCAACUUUGUCAACGGCUACCACGACAACCGCAUGACUGGCGGGAACGCUUAUAACCGAGGACCGCCUCGCAUGGAGCGAGGCCGAGGUGGUGUGGGCGCCGGCGGCUAUCGUGGCAACAGAGGCGGAUCCUUCAAUCCCAUCAACACCGCUCCGCCGAUGGGCUUCGGCUUGUACGAAAACAAAGAUGCUGGCGGGUGGAACACUGCCAAGGACGCCUACAGCAGCUUUGGAAACAACAGAGGAAAGUCUGCUUUCUUCAAUGACCGAAGCAACGCAAAUCGUGGACGGUUUGACCACGGUGGCUACAGUGGCGGCGGAGGUGGGAAUAGCCGCUGGGUGGAGGAGGCCAGCAGCGACGGAGACUGGUCCAAACCGACGCCGCUCAACGAACGACUCGAGCAAGAGUUGUUCGCCGGCAGCAACACUGGAAUUAAUUUCGAGAAAUACGAUGACAUUCCUGUCGAGGCGACUGGACAGAACUGCCCUCAUCACAUCGAGAGUUUCCAGGACAUAGACAUGGGUGAAAUUAUCAUGGGCAACAUUGCGCUGAGCCGUUACACACGCCCGACCCCUGUCCAGAAAUACGCCAUUCCAAUUGUCAAGUCCAAGCGAGACCUCAUGGCCUGCGCACAAACAGGUUCUGGCAAGACUGCUGCAUUCCUGCUGCCAAUUCUCAGCCAAAUCUACGCAGAGGGACCAGGAGAUGCCAUUAAUGCGGCUAAAGCCUCUGGGCAGGAGAAUGGAAAAUAUGGCCGUCGUAAGCAGUACCCCAUUUCUUUGGUCCUGGCCCCUACUCGAGAGCUGGCACUGCAGAUAUAUGAUGAAGCCAGGAAGUUUUCCUACCGGUCCAGAGUGCGUCCCUGUGUCGUGUACGGAGGAGCCGACAUCGGCCAGCAGAUCCGAGAGCUGGAGAGAGGCUGUCACCUCCUGGUGGCCACGCCCGGAAGACUGGUGGACAUGAUGGAGAGGGGCAAGAUUGGGCUAGACUACUGCAAGUACCUUGUCCUGGAUGAAGCGGAUCGAAUGCUGGACAUGGGCUUCGAGCCGCAGAUACGGCGCAUCGUGGAACAGGACACCAUGCCUCCCAAAGGCAGCCGGCAGACCAUGAUGUUCAGCGCCACCUUUCCCAAAGAAAUCCAGAUUCUGGCCAGGGAUUUCCUGGACGACUAUAUCUUCCUGGCAGUGGGACGAGUGGGCUCCACCUCCGAGAACAUCACUCAGAAGGUGGUUUGGGUGGAAGAGAGCGACAAGAGGUCUUUUCUCCUGGACCUGCUCAGUGCCACGGUCAUCCCCAGCGAAGUGCAGGACAAUGCUGGAGAGAACAUGGAGAAGCCUGGCAAGGACUCGCUGACUCUGGUUUUUGUGGAGACCAAAAAAGGCGCCGACGCCUUGGAGGACUUCCUGUACCGGGAAGGUUACGCCUGCACCAGCAUCCACGGCGACCGCUCCCAGAGGGACAGAGAGGAGGCUCUGAACCAGUUCCGAUCUGGAAAAUGCCCCAUCCUGGUGGCCACAGCUGUUGCGGCUCGUGGACUUGACAUCUCCAAUGUGAAACACGUUAUUAACUUUGACCUGCCCAGUGACAUUGAGGAGUACGUUCACCGUAUUGGACGCACAGGACGAGUGGGAAAUCUGGGACUGGCCACGUCGUUCUUCAACGACAGGAACGGGAACAUCACUAAAGACCUGUUGGACAUCCUGGUUGAAGCCAAACAGGAAGUUCCUUCCUGGCUGGAGAGCCUGGCCUAUGAGCACCAACAUAAGAGCAGCAACCGCGGACGCUCCAAGAGGUUCGCUGGUGGUUUUGGAGCACGUGACUAUCGUCAGACGGCCGCCGGAGGCAACGCCGGAGGCUUUGGAGGGCGUGGCGUUCGGAACCAAGCGGGACACGGAGGAGCCCGCGGCUUUGCAGGAGGCGGCUUCGGAACCUUCUACACGAGCGACGGCUACGGAGGCAACUACUCGCACUCUCAAGUUGACUGGUGGGGCAACUAGACCAUGAAUUCUCUCACGCAUUUUGUCUUUCUUCCUUUCUCAACUCUGCCGUCUUCACCACAUCUGCCGCCCUAGUUGACAUUUAGAACCCGUGUGCAUGCUCUACAAAUAUACUCAUUAUUCAGCACCCCCGCAACCUACCUGGACAAUGUAAUCUACAUUUAUUUCAUGCUAAAAGCUCACAAGAGACAACAUGGUAAAAGGAUUCUUCCGUUCGGCUAUUUGACAACAUUCCCCCUGUAGGAUGUUUUCUUUUGUCACUUUUAAUAUUUGAGUUUUAGCUCUGUUUUGUUCUGCCCUCACUCAGUCACACAGACUUCCUGCGAGCUGCUCCCGAUCCACGCGUCAUCUUUGUGUUGAAUGCAUGUCCGCCAUACAAGUAAAACGUACACAACUGAGACAUGAAACCAAUUCGGAAAUGGGAACUGGCGGAGGCCUCCAUCUGGAAGAGAGGCCACAAAUAUUGCUCUUAUUUUUUAAACCCUUUCUUUUAAUUGAAGUGCAGAUGUCUUAGAUUUGUGAGGAGACCCAGGAAGUUCUGGGAUGGAAAUUGGAACGCUAGCAAGCAUUGUUGCUCAUCACUUGAAAUGGAAUCGUAGGACUUGUGCUUUACUUGGGGAAAAAAAUAACAACAAAGUAAAAUCAUUUGUUUUUGUACUGUGCCUUCAAGAAUUCAAGCAUUGGCUUUUCUUAUUUCUGUUCUGUGAAAAACACACAUUUAAUGUCAUGUAUAGGUUUGUUAUCUUGAUUUCUCUUUGGAAGGAAACAAGCUAGACUUGAACUAAAUCAAACCUUGGCAAAACAAAACUAAACUUCGUAAAACCGCCAUGAGGAAACUCAAAGGUGAUUCCUCGUUCUCUGAUCCGGUUCCUAAAAGCAUCAAGUUCAACCCUCCUGCAGUAGGCUUUCUGCUUUGAGAAAUCGGAUGUCAAUCUUGUGGCUCUGCUUUGAGCUGGAAGUCAAGAAGUUCCUGGCGCAGUCGCCAAAAGUUGGCAGUUUCAGUAACUGCGCCACUAAGCAGUGCAGCGGUCAAACUUCAACGCAUCAAACUUUUAGGAUGUACAUUUUCUUUUUCUUCCCCCCGAUCGAUUGGUGACCUUGCUGCUGCUGUUUUGUGAAGUUCCAUUUGUCAGCGCACGUCUGUCGUGCCAACUCUUGGCGUCCGUACGCUCCUGGGAACCUGACUCCGCCUACAGCCGCCAACUUUGAAGCCCUUCUUGGCCAAAAGCGUCUUUCAAGGGGAAGCGCAACUCGAAAGACUCCGAGAUCCAAAAUUCCCUGCUCACUCUAUCCUGGAGAGUCACAUGAAGAGUUUUCUCUUACAACAAAAAAAUCAUUCCAGUAUUGCUUUGAGUGUUUUUGGAUAAAUUGCGGUCAGGGAUGAAUGCAUACGUCGGGCCCGAGUGUCUCCCAGCAGGGCGGCCGCUGGGAGGCCGCUUAGAGGACUGAGGCAAACACGAGAAAUAGUUUGCUUACUUUUGAAGGUUUGACAUCGGCCCGCCCAGUCUGUUUCUCCAAACCACACUUUGAUGAGGAUGAUGGGCCACGCUCACAUUUUGCCCCACCUGGCGAGUAGCCGCGCUAGACGACCGAAAGCCACAAAUCGAGGACUUGCCCCGUUUUGCGCGUGGCCCUGCUGCGAAACCAGGUCGUGUCUCGUCGAGGAACGCCACCUUUCAUUCCUAGUGUCAAGUCAAAAAGUAGGGGUGCAAAUGGAUUUUAUUUACAUGGAGAUCUGAAACACAUUAACAUGUAGAUAACGUGUACAUAGUUGAAAGUAUGCUCGGUCGCAACGUUGUCUCGAGAGCCGAGUUCAGUGGACAUUUAGAUUCCAUUCAAUAGAUUUCCUCAAAAUUGCUCACUGGCUUUGAUGAAAACAGCCAAGCUGUGGGCUCAGACAGUAGGACAUAUGCAAGUGUUGUUGUUUUUUUUUGGUCAAGCAAUUUAGACAUGCAAAAACAAGUGUUAAGAGUUCUCCAACCAGGUUUUUAGUUAUGCUGGUGGGGGAGCGGAGGGGAGGGUACCCCCUUUUUUUUUUUUUUGGUUCUGUUUGUUGUUUUUUUAACUGCGUUUCACUGGGAGGUAGUAUUCAGUUGAGUAGUUUGUUUGGAGGUCACAUUCAUUGUAGAAAAAGUCCCCCCCCCCCCCCCCCAAAGCAGCAUUUUUGUUUCGGUGCAGUGGAGAGAGCUCGUGCACAUCAUCAUGUAUCCCGUGGAAGCUGGUUCUCCCGAUUGUGAGCUUUCUAGAGACGUGUUCACGGACAGCCGGUUUUGGGGAUUUCAGUUCUUGUGGUUGAGCUGCAGGAGGUUGCAGGCAAAAUGGCAGAGAACGAUUUUGACCAGAAUUGUUGCGCACUCGACACCGAGCAGACGGCAGAGUUGCAAAUGACAAUCGGUCGAGGACUUAAUUCUCAUUUCUUCCGUGGCGCUCCCCCCCCCCCCCCCCCGGGUUUUGAUGACAUCUCAACAUGUCUCAUUCACCAGGGAUCUUUUUGUGAUUUGCGUGCGCUUCGUACGCUCGCGAACGCUGACAUGCUCGGUGCCUUGAAAUUCUUCCUUCCGUGUGUUGUUCUCACACAGGCACUUGUUUAUACCUUCCCUAUCACUUUAGCUGCUCGUAAAUGUCUAAACCUGCAACCCGAUGUUGUUUAUUCGCAGCAGGUUAGCCCGCUGAUGUUAGCAUUUAGCUCAAAGCACUAAUUGCACAGUUUCUAGCGUAGCUGUGGGGUUUUCUGCGUUUUCUGGGUCUGUCGUUGCCAUCUGGUGGCGAAGCGCGGUAUGUCACACAUAGCCUCCAUAGCACAUCAUUUACCUUGCGAUGCCUUAAAUUCAAGACGGAUUGUCCGGAUAAAAGUGAUAUUGGUUACACUUUGUAAUGUCUUAGCUUGGAGUCGGUUGUAUCGAUUGCACCGCCACGGCAGAGAAUUCAGACUUUUAAGACGAAGAAGUGUGGUGUUGGGGAACAAUUUAAUGGUGCUAUGCUCUCCCUUUGCUGCGGCCUCCAGGCCUUCUGUUUGUAGAAAGACUGAAAAUCCUACUUUAGUUUUGACAAAAAGUACUUCAAAUGUCUUCUGUAGCCCGGGUACUCCAACGCCUCUGAAGAGGUGCAUAUGAGCGAGUGUUUUGAGUUGCCAAAAGAAAGACUUCUCAGCAGUGAUGCGUGUGUGUGUGUGUGUAAAAGGAUGUUCCUGAUGUGAAUCUCUGUUUGUGGGGACUGGUUUGUGUUUUAGUUCAGAACCACGGCAAGAUCCAGCUGUUUGCACCCAAAGUUCUUGUCUACUUUCGGUAGUUUGUGUAAUUUAUCAAACCUUUUUGAGAAAUAUUUAUUUUUAUAAGCCUAGUGCAAAUGUUUAAAAAAGUGACUUGACCAAAAGACAGUGAACAAAAACACUGGCACAUGAAUGUUGGAUGUCAUUGGUACGAGUGAAAAUUUCUAUUUUUCUGGGGUAGUGUGAGCUUUUUAAUAACGGCGUAAUAGGCUCUCUCUGAGUCCGUCGCGUGACGAGCUGGAACGGCACACUCUCGCCGAACCGUUAGCUCGAACGGCAUCGGCGCUCGCAGACGUGACGCGCGGAGAGAAACCGAUUACCCCGAAAGUCUCAUUGGACUCCGUAUCAGAUCCGCCAACCUGUUUGUACAACAGGUUCCGAUGCCAAUCGUGACGACGACGAUGAUAACAACACACCAUUAGCAGCCAUUUUCAAUUGGCCCCCAAAAAAUUUAAAUUUGAAAGAAUUCCACCAAAUAUGCCAAGGUUUGGAUUAAAUUGUAAGAAUCAAAAACCAUUUUGUAAGAAAAAAGAAAAACAAAAAACAAACAUGCAGUACAAACAUGUCCAGAUUCGCGCCAAGUCAGUUUUGUUGUCGUCGUUCAUUUGUUUUGACACUUUUCCUUCCUGUUAAUACCUGUCGUGUGAUUGUCUAUCAAGUGGGGAUGUUCAAAGUCUGUAACACAGAAGUAAGUGUGCUUCUAUUGCUAUGUUCUUGUGAUCUGCAUAUUUUCAGGCACGGCGCGCUCACUGCCGAGCGUCCGGCCAGUCAGGAAAUGGGCGAACGAUGUACGGUGAUACCAUUCGAUCUCGUUUUCCGUUUCACUGUCGUAGCUCUUCUGCCUUUGUGGUCCAGAAUGCACAUUCCCCAUCGGUGGCACGUCAAAGAUAUGCAGCCUUUUCUAUUCCCAACUUUGUAAAUGCGAGUUGACGGCCCUUUAAGUUGUUUACAAAUGGCAACCUGGGGAGGAAGAAAAUACCCUACAGAGAGCCAACUGAGGUGAUACGGCGACAGCAAACACUUUUGGGUUUUAUUCGGUAAGGUGAUUGAUUGCGAGGAAAUCUCAGUUGUACUCCCAGUGUGUGUGAAGCCUGAUGUUGCCCCAUGACUGACUGGCCAGACAGUUCAGCGUGGACACACGGCGCCACCAGCCUGCUAGUUAGUAUUUGCUUUAUGUAUUAGUUUAGCAGUUGUGCACGAUGAGGAGCACUAAAGGAAAAAAACAAAAAAAAACUAUUGUGCAUCCAUUGUGAUUUUACCACAAUUAAAGGUUUGGAUUUGCAAAACUAA